UCGGUGAGCGGCGCGCUGCGGGCCGGACGGGCGGAGCGGCGCGCGGCGUGACUGAUAGUGGGCGCUCCAGCCAGCGGCGGGGCGUGGUGGGCUGUGCUGAGCGCGCCGCCCCUCCCACAGCGCAGCACAAUGCGCCAGAACAGCCAGCAGCCGCAGUUCGAGCCGGACCUGGCCGGAAGUGAACCCCCGGCGGCCGGAAGCGAGGGGGAGCCGCCCGGUGACAAGCGGCCCAGCUCUGCCGACAGUGCCGAGCCGGCCGGCGGCGAGCGCACCGCCACAGCCACCAUGGACGAGCCCAUCCAGCUGCCGCAGAGCUUCGUCGUCAAGUACCUCGGCAAGCGCGAGGCCGAGAAACUGUGGGGCAUCAAGUACACGCGCGGACCCGUCGACGAGAUGGUGGCGACCGCCAAGGCGAUGCGUCCCGGUCAGACGCUGCCGCUGCUGCAGCUGAACGUCUCCGACCACGGCGUCAACAUCACCGAGAUGAAGCAGAACCUCAACAAGAACUUCGAGGCCGGUAACUACCCGAUCGACGUCAUCUCGUACGGCGUGCAGGACAUUGUGUUCACGCGUGUGUUCGCCAUGAUUCUGGUGCGCGAGAACACGCCCAGCCCGUUCGAGUGCCACGCCUUCGUGUGUGACCGGCGCGAGAGUGCACGCAAGCUGACGUUCGCCCUGGCCACGGCGUUCCAAGAGUUCAGUAAGCGCGUCAAGCGCGAGGAGGAGCCGCGCAAGUUUGCCAUCGACCUGCGCUCUCCAGACGAGAUCGAGGCGGAGCUGCGCGGGCAGCAUGCGCAGCAGGACUCGGAGGCCUAGUGGGCCGUCAAGCGCCCGAGGAGUGUGAAAAAUUGACCUGUCGUCUAGUGAGCCACUUGAUGACUUCUUUUUAUACCGAGUGAUUCUUCACAGGCGUGACGAAAAAUAAGGUCAUUCUGCUAAAGUGCCGUAGCUUUGUCAAGCUCAAGUGGUCGUCUGUUUUGCGUUCAAGAGGUCAUCUCGCUGCGGCUUAUCAGGGGGACCACUGCGCGUGUCUCAAUAUCAGACGCGAUUUCCUUUCCGGUGGAUGUUGCCUAGCCGGGUGUGCCCUAGCCGUGCCGAGGGUUCCUCUGGCUGCCUCAGUGUCAUGACCAGGGACUGCCGUGGUGCAGUUAUGAUGCCAGUAUCGUGACGGUCGGGCGCAGUGCGCCGUGGCCGGGGAGUGAUGGGGGUUUCGUGACGGCGCGGCGCGCGGCCGACUCUGUGACCCGCUCUAAGGCGGAGGCUCGUGGCACGUGCACGGUCUGCACCGCCGGCCGCGCAGAAAGCCCCGGCGCCGUAGUGGUGUGGUGCUCAGCGGCCCGUGGAGGCCGGAUGCGUUACCGGGGCGGACGGCCGCCCGACUGCAGUAGGACCGGUGUCAUCGCCCCAGCCCGGCCGGACGGCACGGCCCGCGGCCCGCCCGGCCAGUGGGACUCCGAGCUGAGACUCACGGAGCCCGGAGCUGACCACUCAGAACUCGGUCUCCAAGUUCCUCUCCGUGUGGAGACAACACAGCCCCAUCAGGCAGCUACCUACCUACCGACGGCGGCCGAUUGGCGCCGGCGGCCGUCUUGUGAUAUGCGUGAAGUGUUGUGCGAACUCGUGUCGGCUCGGGCCGUCCCGGACGUCACGGCAGAUACGGGGCCGGUGGCGAUAGGGGCGCUCCCAGCUCCCGGCAGCCGCCACCGUCAUGUUGACCCUGCCCGACAGUGGAGUGACGCCUGAUUGCCGGUCGUGUCAGCUCGCACCGGACCCGGCUGACCGUCAGUGUCGGCUCGGGCGCGCCGCUCACCGUCGGCUGAUAGUGCUAUCGGUGCCAUGCGGUCGCCCCGAUUGUGGCUGCCGCAACUGGGGCGGUGUGCCGCACUGGCAGCUUCGGGGAGGGGAGCCGAGCGGCCGCCGACACCAGCUCAGCUGGCCCAGUUGUGACGUCAGAUGCCUCUGCUUGUCAGUAUUGUGUGUAAUUGAAUAUUGAGCCGGGUUUUAGGAUAGACAGCAAAUAAUGAUGACGAUUGGAAUGAUAACAGUGCUGAAUAAUUAUCAAUGAUUAUUUUGAUCUUGCUUGUUUUGCGAUAUUAUUGUGACUUAUGCUGUAUAUAAAUGUCGGCAACUCC